GACGUCGUCGCGUUAGCGGCUGCAGAGCUUGGGGAGCCAAGAGGCUUUGGUGAGCGGUGGUGGCCCCGUUUCAGAAACAAAGCACAUGAUGGCCUUAGUUCUGCUAAUUUCCACUCUUGCCUUCAGCCUCACAAAUGGAAUAAAUCUACAAGAUUUUAGCUGGCAAUUAAAAAAAAUACCACAGAUUGUGAAGGAAAAGACUUUCUUCCUUGACACUCCUAAAUAUGAAGCCAGUGCCAAAUUAGAAUUGAGCGGUGUGUGUGGGAUUGAAUGCCAAAGGACACUGCCAGUGCCACGUUGGUCUGAUCUGAAGGAGCUGCUUUCCUAUGAGACAGUCUUUGAGAAUGGCACGAGGACCUUGACAAAAGUGGAGGUUCUGGGGAUGGAGCCCGAUGCAGUUGUAAACAUUACUACUAAGAUGCCAGCAAGAAGGAAGAGACAGGUCUAUGGCACAGACAGCAGAUUCAGCAUUUCAGACACUCGCUUUCUGACCAACUAUCCUUUUAACACCGCAGUCAAGAUCUCCACAGGCUGCAGUGGUAUCCUUAUAUCUCCAAAGCACGUACUCACUGCUGCCCAUUGUGUGCAUGACGGUAAAGAUUACAUUAAAGGCACCAAGAAACUGAGAGUGGGGCUGUUGAAGUUGAAAUCCAAAGGCAGUGGCAAGAGACAAAGGGGAGCCAAGAGGAGUAAGAGGGAGAUCCCAGAAGUCAAAGAGGAUGAGGUUGACUCCAAACUCCAGAAAAGGAGAUCUGGCGGUAGAGCUGGAAGAAAACAAAAGACUCUUCCUGUGUUGAAUGAGAGGAAGUCAGAGCGUAAGCCAUCUUUCCAGUGGACCAGAGUUAAAAGUACUCAGAUCCCCAAAGGCUGGACAACAGAUGUGACAAGAGAUGUUGCAGUAGAUUAUGACUAUGCAGUUUUGGAACUCAGGCGUCCCCACAAGAAAAAAUACAUGGAACUUGGCAUCAGCCCGAAUAGCAAAAUGAUUCCUGGAAAUAUGAUCCACUUUUCUGGAUACGAUGCAGACCGAGCUGGCCAACUGGUUUAUCGCUUUUGCAGCAUAUCUGAUGAAUCCAGUGAUCUCUUCUACCAGUAUUGUGAUGCUGAGCCUGGUUCUACUGGUUCAGGAAUCUACCUCCGCCUUAAGGAACCAAACAAGAAGAAAUGGAAACGCAAAAUCAUUGGCAUUUAUUCUGGCCAUCAGUGGGUGGAUGUUAAUGGAGAACAGCAGGAUUACAAUGUUGCAGUUCGAAUUACACCCCUCAAAUUAGCUCAGAUUUGCCUCUGGUUAGGGAACAAUGACACCUGUGCACAGGGCUAAUGAUAAUGCAGGAUCACCUAAUAUCUAGUAGGGUUAGGCAAUGGAAGUCAUACGUUGACUUGCUUUGGUUGUAUUUGAACUUGACAUCAGAAAUUGGAUUUCUUUGUAUUGAGGAACAACAAAAAACAAAUAACUCAGCUUUUAUGAGAAAUUUUUCUGCUAGGUUAAUUAACCAUAGAUAUGAGGUGCACUUAAAUCCCAGGUUGUGUAUGUAUGUAUGUAUGUAUAUGUCUCUCUCUCUCCCUCCCUCCCUUUCUCUCUCUCUCUCUCUCUCUCCUUAAACACACAUACGUAAGUAUAAAUCAUUCAUACUAAAGAACAAAUAUUCUUUGGUCUUUCAGUUUAUUAUUCAGUUAACACUUUAAAGAAAAGAUUCUUCUCUGGUAACUGGUAUUAUUAAAACAUUUAUUAUUUUAUUUCCAACAUGUUAACUUAUCUCAGGGUUCUGCUCAAAUAAGCAUCACACAUUCAUUAUUGAAACAUAGAGAGGUAAAAAUGGUCUUCACACUUUGAUGGUCCUACCAAGUUAGUGUUUAAGUAUUUCUAAAGUUUGGGAAAACCAUUUUCUUGAAUUCUAAACCAAUAAAUGAAGCUUAAUCAAAGUGGCAUGUUCCCAAUUUGAAGAAAAGAGAACCAUGUAAUUUAAAUGCCAUUAAAUUAUAUUUAGAAAAUAAACAAAAAUUGUAUUUGUUUUAUUCAGUCACUAUUUUGAACAAAUCCCUGCCUUU